AUGGCCGACUGGCCGUGUGAACCAAGUCAGGGCCCCAUAGCGAGUCAACGGAAUGUCUCCUGCCGCCAUCGACCAGGUCAAGCCAACCCCGCCCAUUGGCAUUGCCCACUGUCAUUCAGGGCCAGCGCCAAAUGUAAUGCGACUACCGCGGCGGCAUUGAUUGAUUCAUGGGAUGGGCCACAAAGGAUGAGGCGCCCUAUGCUAGGACGAGACGACUAUGCCAGAUGGAGGACCGCCCCAAACGAAGCCAACGCAAACCAAGUUGCCCAAAGGAGACGAGGGCCUAGAGCAAGGCGCCAGAAACAGAGAAAGCCCCAAAAAGGGAGCAGCCCCAGAUGGUACCAAAGUCUGUCGCACCUCCCCCGAGGCGCACCUGGCUGUUGGUUGGUGACGGCUGUGCUGUCGUCGUGGCUUCUGGUGAGGGCGGCUGCUGCGGCGGCGUUGGCGUUCCCUUGUCCCUAUUCCCACGGUCUCCGUACGUAG